UCAAGAAGCUCGGCCCUUCUAUCUGCCCGCCCUCCUAUCCACCCCUCAGCCACCCCCACUUUGAGGUGACGCGCAAUCUCUCCCGGGGCUUCCGGCGGGCGGAAAAGCGAGUUAAGAGCUUCACUUCCGGCCGAAGCUAGUGCCGGUAGUUUUGAGGCUCGCCGCUCCAUAGCUGAGGGGAAACUGGUUCUCUUAUUUGCAUGCGCGUGGCCGACCGGCCAUGAAGAUCACGCGGCAGAAGCACGCGAAGAAGCACCUCAGUUUCUUCCGCUACAACUUCGGCGUCCGGGAGCCGUACCAACUGUUGCUGGAUGGCACCUUCUGUCAGGCGGCGUUGCGGGGCCGCAUCCAGCUCCGCGAGCAGCUGCCCCGCUACCUCAUGGGGGAAACUCAGCUCUGCACUACUAGAUGUGUGUUAAAGGAAUUAGAAUCAUUGGGGAAGGAGUUAUAUGGUGCAAAACUAAUUGCACAAAGAUGUCAAGUUCGAAGUUGUUCCCACUUCAAGGAUGCAGUCAGUGGUGCUGAAUGUCUAUUAUCCAUGAUUGAAGAUGGAAAUCCUCACCAUUUUUUUGUUGCAACACAGGACCAGAAUUUGUCUCUACAAGUAAAGAAAAAACCUGGCAUUCCUCUCUUAUUUAUCAUUCAGAACACUGUAGUUUUGGAUAAACCUUCUCCCAAAACAAUUGCCUUUGUCAAAGCAACAGAGUCAGGGCAUCUUGUCUCUGUUCACCAAAAACAGAGCAUCAAGAAACUCAAAGAAGAACAAGGUCUAGUGAAAAACCCUGAACAGAAAAAGAAGAGGAAACGAAAAGGCGUGAGUGGUCCCAAUCCCCUUAGUUGUCUGAAGAAAAAGAAGAAGGUGCAAGAUUUAAACCAGUCUUCUGAACCUGAAAAGAAAAAAAGGAAAAGAAUUCGCAUCAGAAAUAGAACAAAAGCACUUUCAGUGCUGUCAGUGAAACAGAAUACAGAAAUACAGUGCAGCUCUAUUGUUUAAUUGAACUGGAAAGUUUUUGAUUUGUUAGUAUUUGUGAUGAAAGUUUAAAGAUAUCUUUGUAAAUUUGCAUAAGUCUGUUGGUCAUCACUUGAAAAAGAAAAUAAAAAUGUGGACAAGAAUUGAAUAUAAUUCAAAAUAUGACAAUUCUUUACCCUUUCUGUCCCCUCCCAUCUUUUACCUCUGUGACUCCUGGACAUUCUUGUUAAUUUAUUCAUGUUUCCUUUUUCAUUGUUGAUGUGGAAUUAGCAACCCUAAACCAAUCUAUUGAAAGUUUAUUAUGAGCUAAAAGUUUAAAACACUAAUAUGACUUAAAAAUUAGUAAGUUUUAAAGGUUUUCCAUUCUUGGUACACCAGAUUGGUGCCAAUAUUAUCUGUUAAUUCAUUGUUCACCUUCCUUCCCCCUUGGUUUUGGAACUUCGAAAAAACUUUGGAAAAAAUGAACUGUCAAAUUUAAUAUAUGCAUAUAUAGAGAAUUAUUUUGUAUUGUUUCAAUUGCUUUAUUCUAGAAAUAGUAUUUUUUAAAAUUUCCUUACCCUCCUGUCUUAGAAUUGAUACAAAAUAUUGGUUCCAAGGCAGAAGAGUGACAAAAGCUAGGCAGUUGGGGUGGGUAGUAUGAGCCCAGAUUUGUGCCCAGGACCUCCCAUCUCCAGGCCUGGCUCAAUCCACUAAGCCAUUCAGCUGCCCCUCGACAUAAUCUUAACAUUUAAUAAUAUGAAAAUCUUUCACAAUGGCUUUAUACAUAAUAGCACUAAAUUUCAAUGAUGGUUUUGUUUUUCUUUAAAAAGAAGUUUUAAUGAUAUCUUUUCAUUUUACAUCACUGUCUCUGAAUUUUCCCCUAACAUCAACCUAUCUACCCCAAAUUAAAUAUUUCUUGAUGGCAAAAAAGAAAAAGUUUAAGUGGUUGUAUCAGAUGCAGCAUUCUGCCCUUGUGGGCUUCCUUCUCUCUGUUAAGUGGAGGGGCGUAUUUCAUUAUAUGUUCGUGGUCCUAUUAACUUGUUUCUGAAUUACUUAGAUCUUUGACUUCCUUUUAGUAAUCUAUUCAUUUACAUUGUUAUAGUCUUCUGUGUGGUACUGGCUCUGCUUUUCUCUUAUCAGUUUAUAUAUAUCCAUAUUUCACUGAAUUCAUUUGUCACUUCUUCAUUAUGAUCAUUUUUAAUAUAUAUUUUUAUGCCACAGUUUUUUAACCAUUUCCUAAUUAACAAAUGUCCCAUUUUGUUGCUAUGGAUUUUUUGAUAUGCAUGUUGCUCUUUUUUUUUUUUAAUCUCUUAUGGGUGGAAUUGCAAGGCCAAAGCAUAUAUGAGCCCCUUAAUCACAUUUUUCUACAUUUCCAUUUUUUUUUCCAGAAUAGCUGGACUAAUUCAAAGCUGCAUCAAUAAUGUAUUAGCAUGCCUCUUCUCACACUCUCAAGAACAUUAACCAUUAUCAUUUGUCUCAUUUAUAAGUUUCCAGGAUGUGAAUUGAAACCUCUGUUAUUUUGAUUUGUAUUUUUUCAGUUAUUGCAUACUAAUGUUUAGGAAGAUUGGUAAUCAUUUUCAGUUUGAAAAUUUUUCAUAUUCUCUGAUCACUUACAUAAUAGGGAAUGGCUUUUGUUUUUAUAUAUUUGCAUCAGUUUCCUAUAUAUUCUGAAUUCCUAUAUAUUCUGGAUUUUGAUUAUCAGAGGUAUCCAAUGCAAAGGUCUUACCCCCUUGACAAUUUGACUUUGUUUACUCUGCAUUAAUUUUGUGCAAUUUCUUUUUAUUUUAUGUGAAUAAACAAGUUUAUUUUG